AUGGCAAAGGGAGAUGGUCGAUGCUACACUUGCGGAUUACCAGGGCACCUUGCUAAGGACUACCGUAGAGGGAGGAACCGAGGUGUGGGUAAGAGUCAGCAACUAGGCCGUGUGUUUGCUUUGGAGGCACGUGAGGCGAUGGGGUCGGAUCCUCCGACAAGAGCGGCAAUUGUGUUUGCACUGGAGAUUUGGAGGCACCACCUGUGCAGAGUGAGGUUUAGGGACUUUUCUGAUCAUAAGAGUCUCAAGUAUGUUCUUGAUCAGAAAGAGCUUAAAAUGCGUUGGAGAAGACAGAUAGAGUUACUAAAGGAUUAUGAUUUUGAACUGAGUUAUCACCGUGAAAAGGCGAAAGUGGUCACAGGUGUGUUGGGUCAGAAAUCUUUAACAAUCGCUUGGGUGAGAAUCAAGGAAGAGGAGUUGGUGGAGAAGUUUGUGGGUCUUAAGCUGGACAUUGGUGAGGUGGCUGGAAGAACUUGUUUAAACCAAUUGCAGAUUUCAAGCACGAUUAAGACGGAGAUUCAGAGGGCUCAGCAAGAUGAGCUGAAGCUUCAGAAAUUGUUGCAACCAGUUGGUGAUAAGAGGCAUGAAGAAUUCACUAAGGAGGGUGAAAGAUUGAGGAGAGAUAAGGGGAGAGUUUGCACACAGGAUGUCGGAAGUUUGAGACAAGACUUGUUGUCGGGGGCUCACUGA